AAGCGGCGCUGCAGCCACGUCCCACGGUCCCCCUCUAAAGCCAUCCUGGCUUCGAGAUCUUCAGGAAUCCAGACAUGUCCGAAGUGAAGAACCGAAAGAAGCCGGGGCCGAAAGCGGCUGCCCCUGAGCCCGAGAAGCGGAGUGAUGGCAGGAAAAACCCUGAGGCGCGGGGAGGCUCGGGCUGGGCAGACCCCCGCACUGGGCUCAGCCUGCUGUCCCUGGCGACGAGCCUGGGCCUGGCCUGGCUUGUAUUUCAACAAUCAGAAGAGUUUGCGAAGGUAGAAAAACAAUACCGGUUGCUGCAAACAGAGAGCAGCGAGUUUCAAGGACUCCAGAGUAAAAUCAGUUCCAUUUCCAACAAGCUUGAGUCUACUGAAAAUAUCCUGCAGGAAGCUAUGUCAUCCAUGUCCUUGAUGACCCAGUUUGAACAGGAAGUAUCUGGCCUCCAAAGAUCCAUACGUGACAUUGAGAAUAGUGAAGAGAUGCUCACACAAAAGAUGCAAGACCUUAAUGAGAAAUUCCAGAACAUUACAGAUUUCUGGAAGAGAACACUGGCAGAAAUGAGCGAUGAUACAGCCGUUUUCAAAUCAGAAGCAAAGAAUACACAUUCUGAAGUUACCCUGAAGAUUAACUCAGCUGAGCAGGAGAUAAAAGUGCUCGCUGAACAUCUAAAAGAUUUGGAAGACAGCACACUACGAAACAUCAGAACAGUGAGCAGGCAAGAAGAGGAAGAUCUUCUACGGAUAGAGGCACAGCUUAGUUCUGAUACAAAAGCAGUUGAGAAGCUAGAAAAAGACCAGCACAUGCUCCUCGCCAGAGAUGAAGAUCUGACCAAUAAACUUUCCAGCUACGAACCCAAAGUAGAAGAGUGCAAGGCACACUUGCCAACUAUAGAAAAUGCUGUCCACUCUGUUCUCAGGGUCUCUCAGGAUCUGAUAGGAACAGAAAGGAAGAUGGAAGAGCUGACGAUGCAGACGUUCAACAUGGAAGACGAUAUGCUGAGGGCAGUAUCUGAAAUCAUGGAGAUGCAGAAAACCCUUGAGGGGAUUCAGUAUGACAAUAGCUUAUUAAAGAUGCAAAAUGAACUGGUUGUUCUAAAAGGAAAAGUUCAUGAUUUCAUGGCAUAUUCAAGUCCACAAGAAAAGGGGACUUUGGGAGAAUAUAACCUAGAAAAUAAGGGAACUGACGAUUAUUAAAUUUACUGUACAUCUUCUAAUGGGCUAUACUACUAAGCGGGAAUCAGGCCUACAUUUCUUAGUUGUUACGUUCUGCCUCACUUAACCUGAGAAUGAGAGGAGUAUGCACCAGAUGGAGUAUGAAUCUACUCAAACUUUUAUCUUCUUAAGCUCUAAAACUUACUCAACUAUUUUCAUAGAAAUACUUCUAAAAUAUAUAUUGCUCUACUUUUUAGGCAGUAUAUUUAAUAUUUACAUGUCUUUCCAAUAAUUAAUAGAUAUAAUUAUGAAUUGUAUUUUUGUAGCUAUCUAUCUACUAUGGAGAUAGAGAGACAGAUAGAUAAUCUAUAGCAAACAUUAAAACCUUUUUACCAUUUCACCGUGACCCUCGUUUUCUAAGCUCUGACUGUUUCUCACAAAUUGUCUGUCACCUGCUACGGCAGGCAGUUGGUAACAUGCCUCCCUCUCCCAGGUUUUUGGAGCCUUUUUUUUUUUUUUUUUUUUUUUUUUUUUUUAAUUCAGACAACCAAGUUCAUAGGAAAUGUAUGUAAAAUAAAAGGUAACCUUCCUGCAGGAGAACCAAGGGGCUCUCCUGUGAGGUAAUGCCACAUUAUGAAAACUAUGAAAACUGAAAAGUAUUUUCCGUUUUGCAAAGGUUCUAAACUGUGUUACAGAUACUUAUGAGAGAUUUCAAAUGUGAGUAAAUGUGUUCUUAUUGUGUCCUCAUUAAUAGCCUUUUCUGUUAACUGGAUGUGUUUUGAAGUAGGAGUGUAUGGAGUAUUUUUGUGUACCUGGACUUCUGUUUCUAAAGUUGGAACUGUGUGACACUAGAGUUUACUGAAUACGAUUAAUAGAUACUUAAAAUAAAAACAUGUUGAUAAGCCUGUGCCUAUUUUAAAGAAAAAACAACAUAGCAAUCAAUUGCGACAAUAAUGACAUAUUUGUGUCAUUUUUUAGACUCUCCAAUGUAUGAAACUAAAUUUGAUUCACAUAUUAAUUUUUUUUAAAGUAGGGCUGAAGCUAGGCGUGGUGGCACAUGCCUUUAGUACCAGCACUCCAGAAGCAGAGGCAGUUGGAUCUCUUAAGUUCAAGGUCACCCUAGUUUACAUAGUGAAACUGUGUCUCCAAAAAAGAAUAUAGGGCUAAGAGAUAGCUUAAUAAAUGAGGAGAUUGCUGCGUAAGCACAAAGACCUGGGUUUGAUACCAGGCACUGACAUAAAAAGCUGGGUCUAGCAUCACCUGCCUGUAAUACCAGCCCUGGAAAACAGAGACAUGAGAAAACUAUUGAAUAUGUGUCUCUGUGUAUUCCCUUGCUAAGAAAUUUGCUCUGCGGCUGAAGAGAUGGCUCAGUGGUAAGAGCACUGGUUGUUCUUGCAGAGGACUUGAGUUUGAUUCCCAACACCCACAUGAUGGCUCACAACCAUCUGUAACUCAGCUUCCAGGAGAUCCAGCACAGUCUUUUGAUUCCCGCAGGUACCAUGCAUGACAUGCAUAUGGUGCACAGACAUAUAUACAGGCAAAACAUUCAUAUGCAUAAAAUAAAUGUAUAUUUAAUUUUCUAUUUAGCAAAAUCGCCAUUGUAGAGAUCUAGAUACAUUUAACGAAUUUUCCUUUGUUUCUUUCUCUCUUUGUUUUGGAGCUUUUUGUAUUGAUUUUGAGACAGAGUCUUGAGAUGUAGCCCAGGUUAGUCUUGAGUCACUGUCUUCCCCCACAUUGCAUUUCAAGCAACGGGGGACACAGGUGUAUAAGGCACGGGGCUUCAUUUUGUUGUGCUUUAUGGCAAAUUACCAGUAUUAUAAUCCACACUUUUGUAUCUCUGUAAUUGGUAAUAAAUUUUAUAUCAGUUAA